AUGGAAAGGCAACAAAUUAAUAGAAAAAUCUUGCCAAUUGAAUUACUUGUAGAAAUAAUUAAGUCAAUAAAAACUUCACAAACUGAAUUACCUAGUUUAGGUAUCUUAACACCUGGCAGAGUGAAUGGCAUUCUGCAUGUAUUUGUAAGUAAUUUCGAUAAGUUUCAGCCGGAGCUGGAACGGACUUCCGGAUUUAUACCCCAAGUUGUUAGAUGGUUUAAAACGUUAACCGAUUUUUUUAUACUUCAUCAAAAUAUUAAAGAAUUUUUUGUUUACGCUCCAAAUAUUCUUAUUUGUUCUAGUAUAAUCUACAAAAUCUCUGAAAAGGCAUUUAAAUUAAGAAAGGUAAUUCUAUCAAAAUAA